GUGUCUUCUAAAGUAUCCAGACUGCCCCGAAAGACUCUCAAACGACAGAGCCAUGGAGGUCAACUGGAUAAUUAGUAACAGGAAAUACCGCAUCGUCUACAAGCAUUACACCAAGAGGAAACAGCCCACAAGCCACUCAGCUCAACCACGUAUGGCAGACCCAGGUCUAUCCCAAAGCACAAUUGGCUCCGCCUAUCCCCCCUCCAGCAGGCCAGCAGCCAGAAGCGAUGGUUCGGGAGGGAGAAAGAUAAAGACUCUCGGGAUCAAGAUACAAUUCUCCACAAAACGCCCCAAGAAGGUUAAGAGGUCAGGCUUCGUCCAUUGGAUGAACGACACAGUCAAGAGCAUGGCUCCUUCCUGGAUGAAGAAAUACUUUAAGAAGAAAGGUGCUAUUGCAGAAGAGGGUGCUGUACCAGGGACAGACCAGAACUGCCAGUCACCGCCUCCUCCUUGUCCCUAUUGCAGCGAAGUGGGACCUCUUCGUCUUGAUGGAUGUGACUCCCCAGAACCUAGCACUAGUUCCACAGUACCAGCGUACUCAGAUGUCCCCACUUCAAAAAUGGUAUCACUUCGCAAGCUUUCGUCCCGAGAGAUGGACAAAGCAAACUCUAGGCCUCAGCCUUCCCGGUCCAGUCGGAAUAACCCUGCAUCCAACCUGUCCCUUUUUGGAACAUAUUCGACAUUAGACCGCACAGCACUGAACUCCAGCCAAAACGGAGAUUCACCCUUCUACCCUGGGAAGACCAGCUAUGGUGGGAGAGCGGCAAGCAGGAGCCCUCACAGGCGUGCUGAAACACCAUGCCAGAGCCUAGUGAGGAGACCUAUCACGGCCAAGCCUGCUAGAGCUCAGCCCUGUGGGGUGAAGAGUAACGCAGCCAGACGCAUCCUGCAGUCAUUGGAGAGCAUGUCCAGCCCUGUGGCUGUGAGUUUACACACGCAUGGAUGA